CCGCCGGGACCAGCGCCCCGCUCUCCCUCCCCGCCUGCCCGCCCUCCUCCUUCCCGCCCAGGCCGGCCGGCCCGGCCCUCCGCCUGCCCCUCAGAGCCGUCGCGUCACGCGGGGCUGGGCCUCAGCGGCGGCGGCGGCGGCGGCGGCGUCGCUCUCGCCUCCUGUCCCGUCUGGAGCGGCGGCAGCACGGGCAAGAACGCGAGGCUGGCGGCCAUGGCGAGGCGGCGGGAUGCUCCAGGGCUGCCGGUGCCGCCGCCGCCGGCUCAGGCUCGGGCCAGAAGCGGCCGCUCUUCUCGGGGCUCGGCGGCGGCGGCGCUGUGAGGGGGCGCAGCGCGGCCGAAGGAGCCGCAGCCAGCCCGGCAGCGCCUCCUCCUCCUCCUCUCCCUCUCCUGGCGGUGGGCGAAGAAGGGCAACGGCACCCGCCAUGGAGGCAGCAGCGUCGUCGUCGUCCGCAGAGCUCCGGCCGCCGGGCACGUCGCUGGGGCCGCUCGCUGCCAUCUGCCUGAUGAAUCUCUUUUUGUCUGGGAAAAUUGAAAGUGCUGUCCCGUCAUUAGCUGCUUGCAGUGGAAAACUGGAACAGCAUACCGAGCGACGUGGGGUCAUCUAUAGCCCUUCCUGGCCACUAAACUACCCUCCAGCCAUCAACUGCAGCUGGUAUAUUCAAGGUGAUCGUGGAGAUGUGAUAACAAUUAGUUUUAAGAACUUUGAUUUGGAGGACUCUUUAAAAUGUUCAGUAGACUGGCUGAUGAUUGGUCCAUCUUCCAAGCGGGAAGAAUACAGAGUGUGUGGAUCCUUCAUCCCGCCUUCUUUCAUAUCUGCCAGGGAUCACAUCUGGAUAUUUUUCCACUCGGAUCCGUCAAGUUCAGGGCAGGCUCAGGGAUUUCGCCUUUCUUACAUCCGAGGAAAAAUUGGCCAGGCUAAUUGCCAGUCUGAUGAGUUCCAUUGUCUAAAUGGCAAAUGUGUUCCUAGCACUUGGAAAUGCAACUCCAUGGAUGAAUGUGGUGACAAUUCUGAUGAGAGAAACUGCACCAUCCCCCCAACCGAGCCCCAGUCCAGCUUCUGUCCUUCCGGAACGUUCCAGUGUAGUGUUGCCCAUUCCACCAAGUGCUUGUUAAAUGAGCUGAAAUGUAAUUCGGUCAAAGACUGCAGCGACGGUUCAGAUGAAGAGAACUGCCCCGAUCUUUCUUGCGGCAAAAGGCUUGGUAACUUCUAUGGGUCUUUUGCUUCCCCAGACCUGUUCCGCUCAGAUCACAGCCGGGCAGACCUCCGCUGCACGUGGUACGUAGACACUCAGGAUAACCGCCAUGUUCUCCUCCAGCUCGACUUGCAGCUUGGGUACAACGACUAUGUGAAGGUGUAUGACGGCUUAGGGGAGAGAGGCGAUAAGCUUAUGCAGACUCUUUCGUAUCAUAACAACAGGCACUCAGUAAGCCUGGAGUCCUCCAGAGGACAGUUGACUAUAUCCUACCAUGCUCGGUCAAAGAGUACCGGCCAUGGCUUCAACGCCACCUAUCAGGUGAAAGGCUAUUGCCUGCCUUGGGAGCAUCCUUGUGGCAAUGACGAAGAGUGCUACACCGAUAAGCAGCACUGUGAUGGCUGGUGGCACUGCCCCAACGGCAAAGACGAAGAGAACUGCCCCGCCUGUCAGAAGAAUGAAUACCCGUGCGAGGGGAACAGCGGGCUGUGCUACUCCUUACUCGACCGGUGCAAUAACCAAAAGAACUGCCCUGAUGGCUCCGAUGAGAAGAACUGCUUCACUUGCCAGCCAGGCAACUUCCAUUGUGGCACCAACCUCUGCAUCUUUGAAACAUGGCGCUGUGACGGCCAAGAGGAUUGCCAGGAUGGGAGUGACGAGCACAACUGCCUGGUGAUUGUGCCCCGGAAGGUCAUCACGGCAGCGCUAAUCGGGAGCCUGGUCUGCGGGUUGCUCUUGGUGAUAGCGUUGGGAUGUGCCUUUAAGCUGUACUCAUUACGAACCAGGGAAUACAGGGCAUUUGAAACCCAGAUGACCCGUCUUGAGGCGGAGUUUGUGAGGCGUGAGGCUCCACCUUCCUAUGGUCAGCUGAUCGCACAGGGUCUCAUCCCACCAGUGGAGGACUUCCCUGUUUACAAUGCAUCACAAGCCUCCGUUCUGCAGAACAUCCGAACGGCGAUGAGGAGGCAGAUGAGGCGUCACUCUUCAAGGCGCAGCUCAUCCCGCCGGCGCUUGGGCAGGCUGUGGAACCGAUUCUUUCACAGGCCGCGAGUGAGAGGUCAGAUCCCCCUGUUGAACCCCACCCACACUUCCCAGACAGUUCUAGGGGAUGGAAUCAUCAAUCGCACAGACGGGGCAACUACCCAGAGUGUCCCAGCUUCUCCUGAAGGAACUCAUGUUGAAACAGAGCCCUGUAGCCCAAGUAGGGGACUUCAGGAAUCAGAAAACAGCCAUUUGCCGUCAGAGACAGAAGCUGCAGAAUUAUCCCCUGUAGAUGUUUUGUCAAAUACCUGCACAGCUGCUCUGGCAGAGCUGGAGAACAGACCCAGCAACAAGCCUUUGGGUGCUGAAGAUGCCUCCAGCGAGGAGGUUAGACAAGCCAGUAAGGCUGAUUCAGGAAAAACAUUUAGAGACCCUUUGUUGGAAAGGGUUACGGAAAUGCACCAACAUGGGGGGCCAGUACCUAGCCGGACUGUUGCAGAGAACAGAAAUUCAAACCGGAAUAACUUGCUGAAUGAAGAGCCACCUGGGUUACCCUUAAAAAAGUGGGAGUCCAUUUACUCUGACAGCCCAAUGAAUGUCCCCAUUCAGGUGGAUGGCCAACACCGCUGUUGCCCGCAUUCCUAUCAUGAAGAACCUUUGGGCAUUCACCCAGCAUGCUGCCAUUCCAUGGAAGUGCCAAUACUAGGAUCCCCUUCCCCUCUCCCAGAAAUCAGCCCCAGUGAUGACGAGUCUCUACUGGUUUGCUAAUGGGACUGUGUAGGGCUCUGGCAUUUGACAUUACUUUGUGGUGAACACCAAACAGAACAUAGAUAUCCAUGUCUCUGUUAUAGCACCUUGAUCCCCAGGGAAGCAGAAUAUUAUAGACAGCAAGGUUAAAUAGGACAAACUCAGUACCUACAGCUGAUAAGAGUAUAUUCACAUGAUCAUGUUUUUCUUCUUUAAAAAAAUCAUUUAGUUUUAUAACCUAUUAAACAGAAAAGACACAGUUACUGUUCCCAAAGGGCUCACAAUCUGAAAUCUCUUACCAUCCGACAAUCUUCCCUUGUUAAUAUUCCACACAAAUCUCUGACUAGUCAGCUGAUGUCACUAAAAGAUGCCAAGGGUGCUUUGGCAUUUUAAAAAGAUGUAUUGUGCGACAGAAGCCUUUGUGGACUAGAUCCCACUUAAACAGAGUCAUGAAGCAUUAUCCGCACUUGUCAGGUAGAUGGGUACAGAGAAAGCAGGUGUGAAGUGAGUUAUUGGGGAAAGUUCUCAGGUGAUGGUUAAAUGUCGCCCCCCCCCCCCUUUGUGUGUGUGGCCAGGAUCAGCCAUGAUUCUUCCAAUGAUUCUAAUCACAUAUGCCGGGAAGCUUCUCUGCUGCCCCCAUUUCACAACCUGUGCAUGGUUACCAGGGAGAGAACUGACCCAGGGGAUAACUACACAGGCACACAAAUGUGACUCCUUGUAGCUAUUACAUCUGCGAAAAGGAGCAGAAGAACCACAGCUUUGCACCUCCCCACCCUGGGGCUCUGAAGCCUUGACACAGAGUUCUCCACCUCUCCUUGAUCGGUGAUGUGUGAACACACCACCCUGAACAGUAGUCUGUUGUAGCCAUUUCCUCGAGUCCCUUUGUUUCUCCUGGUUGUGAAAUUGCUUCCCCUCUGUAUUCAGAGAUCAAAAGUAAGCUCUUAGUUUUCCAUUCAUAUGCUAGAGGGGAUUCAGCUGGCGGGCAAAGCAAGCACCAGACACAAGUAAUUAUUACUGUGACUGCUCAACUGGAGAGAUCCAAUUAUUGUCAAUUUAGAAUAUUUGUUUAAAUUAAAAGCUAUGUUUACUCUGCCCCGGGGCAAUUUGUUUAGCAGGAAACUGAGCCCGUGUAGCAUAGCAUAACUUCUUUUCAUUACUAAACAAACAAACAAACAAAAAAGCGACACUCCAUUGUAAUGGUAGCCAGAGAUCAAGCAAUGGCAGUAAUAGCCAAAGGUUUUGUAUGCUGCAUAUAGAUAAGAUGUAUGAUAUUUUCUGGUUCCUGUGCCACUGUAAUAACAAAGUCGCCCAGUUUUUAUCAUAGUGGGCUUCAAUCAAAGCUUCAAUAUCGGUUUUUCAUUGGUUUGUGUUUUAUCAGUUUUACAAAGGUAUUUGUUGAACUGCCGUUUUUAAUGUGGCAUCUUUUUAAGGAGUUACCACACAGAAAGCAGUGGAGUGCCAAGUGCAUAUAACUCUUGGAAGCUCCUGCAGGAAUUAGUAGGUACUUUAUACUAAACAAGCAGAUUGCCUGUUUGCUAGGUCAGUGGUUUUCAAAUUGUGUUCUAGGAAAUCCUGGGUUUGCUUGGUAACUUAAAAGGACGAGAAGAUUAGUGAUGGCACAAACUUGUCUUCCUAAAAGACAAGUUUGUCCUCCAUGACCGAUGUUUCAUAUGCAACAUGCACCUAUAGAAGAGUUUGGGGUGAUUCUAGGGGUGAAUUCUGAGUCCACACUUGUACCCUGCAUGACAUGAUAUUGCACCUUAGAAUUUGCCACAGAAUCCUCUGCAAUGCACAGGGGUUCCAGGGCAAACAGGUGUGGAAAGGGCUUCCUGAAGGCUGAAAGCUUGGAAACCACUGGAAUGGUUGCAGGGCUGUGGCCUGAACAUUCACGUCUUGGAGCAGCUGAUGGGUUUUUGUUUUUGCUUUUAUAAAUGAUGGCUUUUCUCUGUUGAAGUUAAUCAGUCAUUAUCUUGGAGGCUGGCAUUGUGUAGGCUCUAAAAUACUGUGUGCAGAUUGGUGCCUUUUGCUCUUUAAAAGUAGAGAUUUUUAAAAAAAAACAGAAAUGUGCCUGUUGUUUGGAAAUGGCAGCCCCACUAGAGAAGAGAAUUUACAAUGAAUUAACCUUGGGCGUUCUAAUAUUGUUCAUUUUUUAAAAGUCUUCUCAUGGACCCAUACCUAGCUGUGUUACUGGAGUGAUGUAGUUAUUCUCCCCCGCCCCCCAGCUGAAUUCUGUGCUGCUUCGGUGACAUCUGCUGGAAGCCAUCCUGAGUAAUGUGUGGUGGAGAGGUUAGAGUGAUGGCCAGACCAGGGAGACCCCAGUUCAAAUCCUCACUCAGCCUUGAAGCUCAGUGGAUGACUUUGGCCCCAUCACCCACUCUUGUCCUACUUCACAGGGUGGCUGUGAGGAUGAAAUAGGUGGGAGAAGGCCACUUACUGCCAUGAGCUCAUUGGACGAAUCGCAGGAUAAAAAUGUAAUUCAGCUGAUGGAGGCCGGGCAGCUUUCCACACUAGGGCCUCCCAUGCGACAGGAUGUAACUUGAGCAGCAUGAUUCUGGGCUCCUGUACCAAUUGCAUUCUAACUAUUCAUUCCAUUCUUCACUGCCAUCUUCUUUUCCUUUCCAAAACAUGCAUUGCUUAUCUUCUGUGGCCACAGUGUGCUGUACGGGGGCAUCUGUUGUGGUCUCGUUAAGACCAGUGUGAUUUGCACACAUCUCACUGAGUGCGGGAUUGUAGCCAAUGCCACUUCCCAAAGUGCAGAUUGCUUUUACCGAUGUAGCCAAAUGCCUCUCCUGCAUCCUGUCACUUAAUACCUUUUCAGUGUAAAGAGCGUUAAGGGCAGUCUGCAGCAGUGAUAACCGAACAAUCAGAUACACCAAGAGUGGUCCAGAGUGCCUGAGAAUAAUUCAGUCUCUCUAACUAAAGUUAAUGAGAAUGGAAGCAGUUUCUGGAUCUGGGAUGGACUGAUGUGACUGCCUGAAUUAAACAGGGACGGUAUAAACUGGAAUGUGCUGUAUCAGCAAAAUACUUUUUAUUGUAAACUUUAGAGGUAUCAUCUGGUUUUUUUCCUACAAUUAAUCAAGGAAAUUAAAAUGUGUCAACUUAUCUUUCUGUAAACGUUCAAAGCAAAAAGUAAUAAAAUUAACCUAAAGUUGC